CGUGCGCCCAAUUAAGCUAAUUAAGUCUUCCGUUUGUUGCUAACUCUGUUAGCCGUUCAAGCUGUGAGUCGAGCGACGCCGGUGUGUAGAGCGAAAGCAGAGAGAUGUUUUGCUGUCUUGGUAUAGGCCUACUGCCAGCCCCACUGCAGAUCUGCAUGGGAAUGUGCCCUCACCAGGAUAUCACAGAUGAGGGUAAAAAGGCUAAACUCCAGAGCUCUAAAAUAGAGCAAGACCUUUGUGAACAUGCCCAGACUGAGAUCAAUGUGGUAAAAAUCCUCAUGCUUGGAACUGCAGAGAGUGGAAAGAGCACCCUAAUCAAACAGAUUAAGAUAAUCCACAGUCACGGCUUCUCCAAACAGGAGCUCAUAAGUUUUAAGCAUGCAGUACUAGACAACCUGCUGACCUCCAUGAAGUUUGUUCUUCAAGGAAUGGGGAUGCUGAGGAUUAAUCUUGCUAACAAGAAGAACAAGAUGCAUGCCCACUCCAUCCUGUCCUGCAGUCAGUGUUUGGGGGAAGACCAGGAGCUGCUUCCUUUCGUGGCUCAUGCAAUCUGUGCACUUUGGGCCGACCAAGGGGUGCAAGCAGCUGCAGCCAGAGGUUACGAGUUUGAGCUCAAUGACUCUGCACUCUAUUUCUUUGAGAACAUGAGUAGAAUCAUCGCUCCCAAAUACGUUCCCACUGUGAUGGAUGUUCUGAGAGUCAGAGUGAGGACCUGUGGAAUCAUUGAGACACAGUUUCAACUUAAUGAAAUGAUCUUUCGGUUGUAUGACGUCGGGGGCCAGCGGAGUGUGAGGAGGAAGUGGCUCAGCUGCUUUGACUGUAUUCAGGCUGUGUUGUAUGUCGUGGCCCUGAGCAGCUAUGAUAUGACACAGACGGACAAAACCUCAGGGAAUCGGCUGCAGGAAAGUCUUGAACUUUUUACAUCCAUCUGCACCAACACAGUCUUUAGCAGCACCUCACUGAUUCUAUUUAUGAACAAAACGGACCUUUUCCGGGACAAGAUCCUACACUCUCGAAGACACUUGAGAUUUUACCUUUCUAGUUACAAAGGCGCAGAUGUUGAUGUGGACGCUGCAGCCCACCACAUAACUGCCAUGUUCUCCUCACGUAACAGCAGUCCUGACAAGCUAGUGUACCACCACUUCACCACGGCCACAGACACCACGAACGUACAAGUGGUCUUUCACAUGGUCAUAGAGCAGGUUAUGAAGGAGAACCUAGCAGCUGUCCAGCUGCUGUAAAAGUCACCUGAAGGCUGUAAGAUGAGGGUUUAUUUAUUCAGUGCUGGUAUCUUUAUUUCAUUGGUUGUUUUCCUGUGUGCAAAUCAUGUAUUUAAGCAGCGAAUGUUAAUAUGAUAAGGCUGCACUUUACCCAUUUAUUUUAAAACCUUUUUUAAAUAAAAUAUUUAUUGAUACACUUGGUC